AUGCCGGCAGUCCAUUUCCCUGCGGCGGCGCAGCCACCAAUAGGCUAUCCGAUUCCGCAUGGUUACCCUUUUCCGCAGCAGCAACCAGCUUCCCCGACCCGCGCACAGCGCUGGACAUCGCAGGAGUUGUUGCAAAAGACAGGAAGGCUAAAGCCAGAAGACCAAGAAUGGUUCUUGCAGAAAAUGGUCGACAGUCGAUUUCAGUACGCGACCGCCUCAGACUCGGCCAAGAUCAAAUUCUUCGAAGAUCUAGCAAGGGAAGCUAGAGAGACAAGAGGCCUUGUAUUGUACGGGACUGAUGUCCGUAAUCGUAUCCAUCACAACCUCUGCUCUGAGCGAAGACUCCUUUUAGAUAAGGGGCAGCUGCCAAGCCGUGGACCGGAUGACAACAGGCUGCUGUUUCUGCAGGACAAAUGGAACAAGAUGGUGCGUGGAGUGGUCGAGCAGACGCCCGCAAGCUACACGGACGAGAGAGAGCUUGGAAGACUGGAGGCUUUGGCCACGCAGAACCUGCUUCGUCACUUUGACGUUUUGAGGGCUGGCGAUAGCGACGAAGACAAAAGGCUGGAUGCGGAGGCUGCCAUCGCCAUUCUGCUUGCCAACGACGUCAAGAGCAUCAUCCCAUUCAACACUAAGACAAGGUUAGCAGCCUCGAUGCGAUCCAAUUGCAUUCUAUCGCAGUCUGUCGGUCUGGAGGAGGAACAGACCAGAAAGAAGCAGUCAUGGGAUUCAUCAGUGGAACAGGCUCAUGGACCGAGAAAGAGACGUCGUGAGGAAUAUGAGGAUGACAACAAAACAAGCGACACCAAUUCGGAGUCGAUAGAACAGAAUAUAAAGGGAACCUCUACAACUCGCGGUCGCCUCGAGGGCUUGGUGAGCGGACGGGCCGGAGCUGCCACCAACACCGCUCAGUGGGUCCAGGCACACGGCUCCAGCCAGCCCAUCACUCCGGCAAGCCUUGUGCUUGAGUCUCGGGAGAGUCUAGAAGCACCCGGUGGUGCUGAAGUUGCGGUAACAUCAGUAGCCGAAUCCAGCUCGGCAGAGCAGUCACAGGUGGCCGAGCGCCUUGAGACUGUAAGCAUUCAGGACGAAGGUGGUGAUGAUGGCGGUAUGAAAAAGAAGGGCUUGCAUGAGCUUGCUGCCAUGAAGCGACGGCAGAACGAAGAAAAGAAACGGAAGAACGAUGGGAAGAAGGUCAAAGACAAGGAGAAAGAGGACGGAAAGAAGAAAAAGAAGAAUACGAGAAAGGAUAAGAAGACUGCAAGGCCCAGAUCGAACUGA